AUGAGUACAGAAUAUUACGAUCCAAAUAUUGACCGAUGGCAGUUAGGACCAUAUAUGAUUACACCCCUUUUUGAUUCUGAUUAUUUUAAUGAUGCAUACUUAAAUGUUGUUAAUGAAUCCAAUCAACCAACCAAUUCUGUGCAUAUGCUAAAUUUAUCUUCUGAAUUACCUUGUUGGGAAAAAACUGCUGCCAUGUUAUAUACAAGAUCGUAUUUUGGAGUAGUUGUUAUAGAAGAUCGUAUAUAUGCCGUUGGAGGAUAUAACGGUGGAUCAAAAAGUCUAGCAUGUGCAGAAGUUUUUAACUGCAGUACUCAAAAAUGGUGUAUGAUAUCUGAUAUGUCUAUUAGAAGAGGAGAGGUAGGAGGUUUUGAUGAUUUAUCGUGCAAUGAUUUAAGAUCUGUUGAAUGUUAUGAUCCCAGUAUUGAUACGUGGAUAAAAGUCGCAGAAAUGGAUGUACCACGCCGUGGUGCUGGUGUAGGAGUCUUAGAUGGUGUAUUGUAUGCUGUAGGUGUUAGUAAUGGAUUGACCACUUGGAGGAGUGUUGAAGCCUAUAGACCAAGUACUGGAGUUUGGACUACUAUUGCAGAAAUUCAUAUGCGUAGAAAAAAUUCAGGUUUCUAG